CCAAGUAUCCUAGCUCCCUAGCUUGAUAACUCCCGAAAGAUCUCUUAACAGCGCCAACCCCGAGUCAGCCCUACUACUACUACCACUACUAAUGACGCUGCGAGCUUCUCUAGCGCCAGAAGCUUGAUUUCAUAAAACUCAGUUUCGACAUAUUCUUUAACUCCCGUGCUUCCGCUCUAGUUUCUACCCAGAUCGUCGCUCUCUCCACAUGUUGGGUUAAGGAGACGUGAAGAGAAUACCAAUAAAAAAAAUUGAAUAAAAUAACGUACCCCGUAUUUUGGCGCUGUUACUGCAUGGGGAACCCGCGAUUUCUCGGCAGGGUAUAGCAGGAACCGUUCCUUGCCUAAAGUGCCAUAUCAAAGCUUCCCCUCAAUUUAGAGAGAGACCAAGGCAAUCUGAGGUCAUUAUCCACUAUCUGGGAUUAUCUGGGAUUAUCUGGGACCAUCUAAAGACUGUUAGAGGGGACAAAAGAGGGAAUAAUAAUUCCUCGGCAUCCGAAGCUGGCGGCGUUAUAAGGGAAACUUUCUGCAUAUUAAGCCUUUUAUAAUAACGAGGCCCUCGUGAAGUAGCCAUGAGGCGGAAUAGGGUUUCAGGCUCUCCGCCUUCGCCCUAUAGGGCCUUGGCUCAUCAUCCGGCUAAUGGCCAACCUGCCGACUCUGUCUCCUUGAUUAGGUCGUUCAAUAGUGAGACCAACCCGACUCGGCCAAUACGUCCCUCCCCACUUACGGCCUCGACCAUCCCUGACAUGCCCCUUGACCUGCUUGAUCGCAUGAGAUCAUUUCCGCUCUUCAUGUCUGCCCCCGAGGACUUCCUGGUAGCUAUCGGCAAGCAUCUAAGGCCCCAGAUCCAUUCCGCGCAUGACCACAUCUUGACGGAAGGCGACGACGCAAAAGCGAUGUACUGGCUGGUUAGGGGAGUCGUUGGGGUAACCUCGCGAGAUGGCGAGGCGGUAUACGCUGAGCUCAAGCCGGGUUCUUUCUUUGGCGAGAUUGGCGUGCUUAUGGACAUGCCUCGAACGGCGACCAUCGUUGCGCGCACGAAAUGUCUUCUUCUCGUGCUCAAGAAAGAAGAUCUCCACCAAGAGCUUCCCAAGUUCCCUGAUAUGGAGAAGGCUAUCAGACAAGAAGCGCAUGAACGUCUGACGAUUCUUAACAAGAAGCGCCAGGAAAGGGGGCAUAGCCUCAAAGUUGCAAAUGGAUCGGCGGCUCGAGAAGUUGCCCCAGGCGAAGUAUCGACCGGGGAUAUCGGUAUGAUCAAGAAAAGGGCAGCAGUAAAUCACAAGAAGAGAAAAUCACCCAGUCCGGGAGAGAUGGAAGACCCAGCAUCAGGGAGUGCGCUCGGAAGUGGUCUCGUAAAUGUACGGCAGACGCUUAAGGAGCUGCCCUUAUUUUCGACGUUGCCUCCCGAUAUUCUCCAUUUCUUAGGCAUGAGCGCGCAGCCAAAAACCUAUCCACCGUUCACUGAUAUAAUCCGGCAAGGCACUUCCGGCAAUGAGAUCUUCUUUAUUGUGCGCGGCGAGGCGGAAGUAAUUCACGAUGCGCCCGAGGGACAGAAGCAAAAACGGAUAACACGCUCGUCCGUAAUAAGGCCACGUCUUAGGCAAGGGCAAUAUUUCGGUGAGGUUGCCAGCCUGGGUCUUUCGGUCCGAAGAACUGCGACUGUCAGGUCUAUCACGGCCGUCGAGUGUCUCAUGAUUAGCGGUGAAGCUUUGGGUGAAUUAUGGAAGAAAUGUCCGCCAGAAAUAAAGAAGCAGGUUGAAGACACAGCAAGAACGCGAAUUAGGCCGAAAGAAGACGUCGAGAUGGCAGAUGCAGAAUCGAUGCCUAAGAAGGCUUUGGCCCCUCUACGGCCCCCGCAGGUUACGUUCACAACACCAUCUAUACCGGCUUCCCCGGUCAAGGACGAAUUAGACCAGAUGGAACCAAAGGAUCCCGAUCCCUUUCUAAGUGUCGAUAUGGAAAAUCUAAGAAACAGACGGAGGGGAUCUCUCGCACCACCUAUACCACCCGCAGGCGAACCUGCCGGCACCGCAACGACCAAUGGUGUACGUCUACAUAAGCUCAACACCAAGUUUAAUACUUCUACAAAUGUCCAAUCGCCUUUAUCAUACUACUCCCCCGAUAUAGAAGUACCAGCCAAGAAACCUAGGCUAUUUCCCAAUCGAUCGCAGCCCAUCCAGGAACCUCUACUUCCCGACGAUAUACUGGUGACAAUAUUCCAGUUUCUUGACCUCGCCGAGCUCAUUCGGUUAAGACAACUCUCGUCCCACGUGCGCAGACUCCUAGCAACCUCUCCAAAACUCUGUACUCACGUGGACCUCACAUCCUACAACCGGCACAUAACCGACGACGUCCUCGUCAACGUAAUCGCGCCGUUUCUCGGGCCGCGGCCGAUCUCGAUAGACCUUAGCAACUGCUUCCACAUCACCGACGAAGGGUUCUCCGUGCUGUGGAAGAUCUGCGGCAAGAAUAUCAAGGUCUGGAAGAUGAAGUCCGUCUGGGACGUUUCGGCGAACCAGAUCCUGGAGAUGAGCGACAACGCGAAGGACCUGGAAGAGGUUGACUGGAGUAAUUGUAGAAAAGUCGGCGAUAAUCUACUGGCCCGAGUGGUAGGCUGGGUGGUCCCAGAGCAUCCCCCGCAAAACGCAAAGCAAGUCGUGAAUUCGAACAACAACAACGGCGCCGCCGCCGCAGCAGCAGCACGUCACCGCCCGCAACAGCGGCCUCAAGCUAUCGUCCUCCCGCCCCCCGGCACCGUGAUCGGCUGUCCGAAGCUCAAGCGCCUCGACCUGUCGUACUGCAAGCACAUAACGGACCGGUCGAUGGCGCACAUGGCGGCGCACGCCUCCCACCGGCUGGAAUCGCUAACCCUCACGCGCUGCACGUCGAUCACGGACGGCGGGUUCCAGAGCUGGGCGCCGUUCCGGUUCACGAACCUGUCGCGCCUGUGCCUCGCCGAUUGCACGUACCUGUCGGAUAACGCCAUCGUGGCGCUGGUGCACGCGGCCAAGGCGCUCACGCACCUGGACCUGUCGUUCUGCUGCGCGCUGUCGGACACCGCGACCGAAGUCGUGGCCCUGGGGCUGCCCGGCCUGCGCGAGCUGAAGAUGGCGUUCUGCGGCAGCGCCGUGAGCGAUAACAGCCUCGCGUGCGUCGCGCUGCACCUGAACGACCUCGAGAGGCUGAGCGUGCGCGGGUGCGUGCGCGUCACGGGGUCCGGCAUCGAGAGCGUGCUGGACGGGUGCGCGAACCUCGAGUGGGCGGAUAUCAGCCAGUGCCGGAACCUGGAGGGGUGGGUGAGGGGAGGAGGGGUCGCGCGGUGGGGGUACGACGAGAGGGCGGUGAAGAAGGAGGAGGAGAAGGAGGGGAAGACACGGACGAGCAGUGGCGGGGUGCAAAGUAUGGACUAUGAGAAAUCGGGCGUUGCGUUUGUUGUUGAGAAGGGGGCUGGAGCGCUACGCUGAACAAGGACGAGGAAUGUUUGUUCGAAUGUUAAAGCUGCGAUACUCGUGGCG